GUGUAAAAUGUAAAAUCUAAAUCUAAACACUGGGAUGUAACAUUUCACGGUCACACUUGCAAAAUCAAGCGCCAAUUUUCAGCAUUUUCUUCGGAUUUACACAUUUUUAGUGAUAUCUUUUGCUAGACGGCCAUGAAUUUCUCCAGGAGCAAUUGCUCGCCGUUGAGCAAAAAUCCCGUGGUGCAGCGGAGCCUCGACCUUCGAUUUCGAAGCGCCCAGGCACGCUAUUACCUCAAAUGGUGCUCAAUCAACGUGAUGAUCCUGUCCCUGCUCCUCUUGGACAUUUGGCAGGCAUGCCGCUCCGUCUACCGAACGUACUUCUUUAUGGCUGAGUGCACAGUAACCGCCGUGGUGGGACUAAGUGCGUUGGCCUGCUUCGGCAAGUAUUUGUGGUUAUGGUGCGGCGGCGACCAAGUGAUGGGAACGGACAUCCAAAAGCGGCUCCUGGAUGGUCGUGAUGACAAUUCAGUAAGGACUGUCUACUCCCGACCAGCGAUGAAGGCGCCCAGUUAUGAGCCGGACACAGAUGAAGAGGAUGACAUACCCAUCAUCAACUGGCACUCCUCCUUCGAUGACUCCUGCUGGGGCACGCAGUCGGUGCGACGUAGCCCCAGUCCCGCCAGGACGCCAGUGACGAACCAGAAUGCAUCCUAUAAUUCAUCGAUGGUGCAAAAUAGCUCGCUAAACGCUAGCAAUCUGAGCAGCGAGUCCACCUACAUCCCCUACGCCGAGGUGCGUCGCGAGGACUUUAUUACCGAUCCCCGCAAACUGCCUGCGAUGAUGAAACAGGCGGAGCGCGAGCGCAGCAUGGUGGACAACGCUGAGGCGCCCAGUGUCCAGAGCAUGGGCUCUGCCAACUCCUUCUGGAACUACUGCAACAACGCGGCCUACAUGCUGAAAACCACAAUCUACCAGUUGUCGCCAGCGCCGGCGGUUUCUACGGAGAACGCUCCCACUUCAAUCGAGGAGUUCGGCGGGUUCCAGUUCAAAGAUAGCAACUCGGAGGUCAUCAAGCGCAUCUCCACUGACAAGUUGUCGCAGUACGUGGCAAACCUGAGAUUUUGGAUGUCUACCACCAUACUCCAGCGAUUGGUCAAAGAGAUUAACUAUGUGGACGAUGUGUUCCGUCAGCGUGGACUCAUCGACCUCAAGAUCGGAGCCGUGAGCCUGGAGAGGCUGCGCAAGACCGCCGAGAACCAGCAGUUCGUGCAAACCUGCGCCCCUAUGCUGCCUAUGCUGCUGCCGUUCCUGGACACCUUCAGUAACCAGGAGUACGUAGUGCAACGUAUCAAGGAGCUGGCGCAAGGCUCCUGCAUAGCCGACUUCCGGUGGAACUCUGGCAACGUGCACAACGGCCAGGAGUGGGGCGAGCACCUGCCCACCGAUGCUGCCAUCCUCUUCCAUUUAUUCUGCGUUUACCUGGACAGCCAGCUGAUGCCAUUGCCGCAGGGCGGCGGACGACCCUUCCACUCCCGUUACGUGCUAAUCCGCGACGAGAAGCGCUCCACUAAGGAUAUUGUGAGCGCGGUCCACAACAAAGCCCAUUGCGCCAUCCUGUCCACCAGUAACCAGUUAAACCCCAAGUUCAACUUUAUCAGCGAAAAGGAGCUGCACAACUGCGUCUACGACCGGAACAACCUUUUCUAUGUGAUCAUCCAGUUCCUCAUAUACAUGCGCCAGCACCAGGAGUCGGCCCUGGAGGGCGUCAAUCUGGGCAAGAGCGGCAUCAACAUUAUGUGCGUCGUUGAAGACUGAGACCAGGAAACAUAAGACACUCGUUAUUUUUAAUCAUCACUUUUUGACUCGGCUAUCCAGUAACCAGGCCUGCGUAGUUCUCAUCAUCAUUCGUCACUAUUAAAUUAUGCAUUUGCAAUUAUUAAGUUAA